AUGUCCAACCCAAAUUCAGAAAGUUUUACUAAUGUUAUCGUAAUAUUUAACACCAAAUCACCAAGAAAUAAUGCUGUCAUCUUUGUGCCUGAGAUAUUUAAUAUAAAUGAAGUUACGCUCAAAGAGGGUUUUGGAAAUCCAAAACCAGAUU